AUGGCUAUCAAGGCGAUAGACACCGCGUCAAUUCGACAGAUAACAUCGGCGCAAGUCGUUACGGACCUCAAUUCCGCCGUCAAAGAGGUCGUGGAGAACUCUCUGGACGCCAACGCCAAGAACGUUGAAAUCAAAAUCUUCGACUAUGGAAAAGAUCGUGUGGAGAUCAUUGAUGAUGGAGACGGAAUCCCCAAGUCCGAAUUUGACCACGUGGCACGCAAGCACAUGACGUCGAAAAUCAUCGAGUUCGACGACCUGGCCAGCGUUCUCAGUUAUGGAUUUAGAGGAGAAGCCCUGGCAUCUAUCUGUGAGAUGGCAGAGCUCGAGAUCGUCACAUGUGGCAACACCAGUGAACCCGCCACACGUCUGGAGUUCAACCGUGACGGAUCUAUCAAGAGCACAAAACCUGUGGCUGGUAAACGAGGUACAACUGUGACUAUCAGGCGGCUGUUCCACAGUGCCAUUGUUCGUCGGAAAGAGUUCGAGAAGAACGCCAAGAACAGUCACCCGGGGCUCAUUCGCAUGCUGGAGACGUACGCCAUUAUACGCUCAGAUGUGCGGUUUAGUAUCGUUCAUGUCACCAACAACAAGAACCGAAACGUGCAGCUGACCACCGACGGAUCAGGGGACAUGAUAAAGACUGUUGGAAGAGUGUUUGGAAACGAGCUCAAGGCUCAUUUGAUGGAUGUGAACUUUUCUUUCGAUGUUAAUUACACGAAACGCGGCUUUCUUAGUUCUGAAGAGCUGCCCAAUUAUGUCGUUCGAGUUACGGGACUUGUUUCCAAGCCUGUGUUUGGUAUGGGACGUAAUGCCAACGAUAAACAGUUACUUUUUAUCAACAAGCGUCCCUUUACAAUGAAGAAGCUACAGAAGGUGUUUCAAGACGUUUAUACGUCGUUCGUUCAUUUACAAAAGCCUGUCUUGAUCAUCAACUUGGACAUUCCUCCUAGUGCUUAUGAUGUUAAUGUUUCUCCUGAUAAACGGACCAUUAUGCUGCAUAAUGAGGUGGACGUGAUCAAUUGUAUUCGAGAAAAUCUCGUUGAUGUCUUUGAAUCUUCUGGUCAAUCUGUUCCUCGGCACACUGUUGACGUAAAGGUGCAGCCCAUGAGCAGUCAGUCGUAUUGGGGCGUGAAGGACGAUGUUGGUGAGCAAGAGAUUGAGGAAGUUGAGGACGUUGAAGAAUCUGGAGAGGUAGGACCUGUUGAGCUGGAUCAUAAUGUUCAACUUGAUGAAGCUGCCACUUCCGACGAUGUUCCAAACCAGCUCGAAGUAAGGCAGGCCGCUGCUGGUCAGAUCGAGAGGGCUGGACUGUUUGUUACUGAUCAGGAGCAAGAGGAAGAUGUUUCCAUGACUUACGUUGAGGAGACGGAGUCGCUGGUAAUCAAUGAUAUGACUACUGAUGAAGCUGAUCAUCCACGGGAGCAGGAGGAUGAAGGUAUGGUUGAUGACGAGGCUGAGGAAGUUGAAGAGGAAGAGGAGGAAGAAGAGGAAGAAGAAGGCCAGGCAGAAGAAGAAGACCCCGAAAAAAUUCCUCCAGAGUAUGCCUACAUCGACACAGCUGCUACCUUAGAGGAUGAAGGAGAAGACAGAGGGAAUGAUGAUGAAACCAACGACGACGACGACGACGACAACGACAACGAUCCAACUAGCUCACUGUCGUACUCUCAGUCGGACACUUCUAUGAACUCUGUAUCCGACACCUCCAUCUCGCUAACUACCCCAAUCACCAGCCGAAGACGAGUGACCAAGAGCAAUGUGAACAAACUCAACUUAUCCCAGUUCUCUGCUUCUUCGCGACCCUCGUCGUCUUCUUCCACUCGGCCCUCCACUGCAUCAUCAUUACCAUCUCUUCCUGCAUCUCAACGAGCCUCUUCCAGAAAGCGAACUUAUGCCAACCUGCCUGAGUUUGAUACAUUUGGACAUAGAGAGUCUCUCACAAUCACGGCCGAGGAUCUUGAACGAGGCGAACGGGCUUCUGAGACUCUCUCUACGUUCAACACUUCUUCUAGCACUUCUCAACCGCAGACGUCUGCUCUAGACGAUUCGUCAGCUGAAUCUAAGCUCAACCUGACCAUUUCCAGGAAUGACUUCCUCAAUUUUAACAUCAUUGGCCAGUUCAACGAGGCAUUCAUUAUUGUUUCUGACCCCGAGAACCUAUUCAUCAUUGACCAGCAUGCGAGUGACGAAAAGUACAACUUUGAGCGACUUCAAAGAGACACUAAAAUCACUCCUCAGCCAUUCGUGAAUCCUCUGACGGUGGAACUGACGCCUCUUGAAGAAUCUGUUGUCAGUAGCAAUCUCGAGCUCUUGAAGAAGAACGGCUUUCUCGUGACCAUUGACAACUCUCUCCCUCCUGGCGAAAAGUGCCAAAUUCGAGGCUUCCCUCAAACAGGAAACAUUGUGUUUGGAAUGCCAGAUUUCCGAGAACUCGUGGUCCUGUUCGAAGAUAACCCCGGAAACGACUCUGUUCGUCCCAAGAAGGUCAGAGACGUGUUUGCGUCUCGAGCCUGUCGAGGAAGUGUCAUGGUGGGCACUGCUCUCAAGGAAAAGGAGAUGGAUCGCAUUGUGAGGAACCUCGCAGGUCUAGAUAAGCCCUGGAACUGUCCCCAUGGAAGACCCACUAUGCGCCAUCUGAUGGAAAUUGAUAAAUGGCCGGUAUUCACUCAGGAUUACGAGUUUUAA